AUGUUUACAUUUUUGCAAUCUUUUCAUUCUUCCUUAUUAAAAAAACCAAUUUUUGUCAAUUCAUUAUUAUUGAAGGGUGGUGGAAAUGGAUUUAGUUUGACAAGUUUGAUAAAAGCAGCUGAAGCUGAUAUUGAUCACAAUGAUAAGCGUCCUGGUGAUACACGAAUUCAUCUACCAACCAAUGAUAUCACUUUAAUGCAUUCUGCGGUACCAUUCCUUCCGUUACCCAUUGCUAUAUUUUGUGCUAUAAUUAAUAUUAUUAUGCCUGGAUUAGGAACAAUAAUGAGUGGAUUUUUUGCCUUAUGUCUUGGACAAACACGUGUCAACUAUCGUGAGGGUCAAAAAUUGAUGACCAUAGUUAUUAAUUCAUUGGUUGGUAUUAGUCAAUUUUUUACCAUUACAUUUUUAUUUGUUGGAUGGUUUUGGUCAAUGGCUUGGGGUGGUUUGCUCAUUAUCUAUUCAGUACAAUAUCGUGAUGCACUACGUCAACGUCGUCAAGAAGCAAUUGCAACAGCAGCAUUGGAAGCAUUAACUCGAGACUCAAUUUUGCAUCGUCGUGAUGUGAAAACGCUGGUUACCGAGCAUAAAGAAAAAACUGAAACAAAAAAGGAUGGUGGAACAGGUGCAUAG